AUGCCAGCGAUCCAGCUUUCAGAAACAGCCAACAGCGCCAUCCGCCACCUCCUUUCGGCACGCGAUAACGACGACUACAACAGCGUUAGGAACAAGGCCAGAGCAAUCGGGGGAGGCGUCAUCGCAGCCAUUGUUGUCAUCAUUGUCCUCACCCUUGCCGCCUUCAUUUUCGCCAUCGUCAGAUGCAGCCGGAACAACAGGAGACGGGCGCAAAACGAGUUGGAGAUGAAGAAGUACGUGGGCGGGAUCCCAGUCACCGAUGCGGCGGUCGCGGGCAACACGAACGGCCCGGCACCCAGCGGUGGGAACAUGAACGGAUACGGUUUUAGCGGAGGAUACGUUGCGAACGACGGAAUCAUGGGCAACAGCAAGGUUGGGUACAAUGCGUCGGAUGCGAUGCCCCCGGCGUACACUGCAAACAAUGGUCCGGCGACAGCAAACUAG